AUGCUCUCGGCCAACACCGUGUCUAUACGUGUUGUGCAUUGCAAUCACCAUACCAGACUCUCUAUGCCGUCAGACGUACUGCAGCUAGUCAAUCAAAGCUGUGGGCAGGUGCCUGGGCUGCACCGUUUCGACCAGCCAACUUUCCAACGUCCUCAGCCUACCAGACCUCUCAAGGUCAAAAAGACGGGCACAUCUACUGUGUACGGUUCCAUCGCCUCUCCCCUCUUCUCUAACCGGGACCCUGGCGAUUCCUGCAAAGACCCAUCUUCCCCGGAUUUCCACUCCUCGCCUUGA